GACUGGUUUGAGACUAUCAGCUCGCUCAGGUCCGGACUGCUAGAGCCUAGGCAGAUUUCUAUGGUGGAAAGAAAGUUGAGGACCCAGUCUCCCAUUCAGUGGGAUAAGAUGUACUGCGUGCUUGGUGGCUGAACAUCAAGCCCUGAAGGUGGCAGAGACGGUAAUGCUUCUAUUUCCCGGACCUCACCUCCCACCUCCCUUCCCACGAUCUCCGCUUCCCUCUAGCCAGGGCAGUACGCUGCUGCCUUGGUUCUAAAGUGCGUCACGGACGGGCACCAGCCGCGCUGCUCCACCAGCCUGGGUGAGGUUGGCGCCGGGCCAGCGCAGGCUGAGCCAGCAGCUCUUGACCAUCACCCCGCUUAGAGACACCGGCGUGGAAAGCGCUCAAGCUGCGCAGCAUCGGGGUCGCUGCUGGAGACGCUCUCCGCUUUGGGCUCGGCGCCCCCCGAUCGGCCUCGGUCAUGCUCCGGAGCACGAGGUGACACCCCCUAAACUCCCUAGGCUCCCUAGGUUCAUGGAGCCAGGAAGAUUUCUUCUGAAGAAACUACGCCUCGGCCUCCCUGGAAUCCUCGCCCCGCCCCGGGUCUCCGCCCCCUCCCCUUGGCUGGGGAUCCCGGACCCGGCGGCGACCGCCUAAGAAGCUCCAGCAGCCUGGACAAGGAGGCGGCAGGGGGCCGGGAGCCGGUGGCUACGGACUUGCCCCGCCAUGUGACGCGGUCCUCCUGCCUGCGAUCCCAGCGCCAGCGCCCGCGCCCAGCCGCGCCGCGCAUCAUGCUCCUGCCGGGACACCCGCGUCCGCCACCCGCGCCCCAAUCGGCGCAGAAUCAGGGCCUCCGCAGGCAGGUAGAGCCUCCGGGGCAGCUUCUGCGCCUGUUCUACUGCACGGUCCUAGUGUGCUCCAAAGAGACCUCCGCGCUCACCGAUUUCUCUGAUGAGUUGAAAAACAAGACAGUGUGUGAAAACCAGGAGCUGAAGCUACAUUGCCAUGAGUCCAAGUUCCUCAACAUCUACUCCGCCGCCUAUGGCCGGAGGACCCAGCAAAGAGACAUCUGCUCCUCUGGGGCAGAGCUGCUGCCCCCCUUCGACUGCCUGUCUUACACGGCUUUACAAGUCCUGUCCAGGAGGUGCUAUGGGAAGCAGAGAUGUAAGGUCCUCGUCGAUAAUUACCACUUCGGAAGCCCCUGUCUUCCAGGAGUGAAAAAAUACCUCACUGUUGCCUACGCAUGUGUUCCCAAGUACAUACUCACGGCAGUUGAUCCAGCUGUUGCUAAUCUAAAUCCUUCUCUGAAGAAAGACGAUGAAUACGGUAUAACAUUCAACCCAAGCGGAUCAAGGGUUGUGCGGAAAGAUGGUGUUAUCGUCAGCAACUCUCUGGCCGCGUUCGCUUACAUUCGAGCCCACCCCGAGAGAGCCGCUCUGCUGUUCAUGUCCAGUGUCUGCAUCGGCCUGCUCCUCACGCUGUGCGCCCUGGUCAUCAGGGUGUCCUGUAGGAAGGACUUCCGGGAGCUGAGGCAGGGGAGGGAGCACCUGGUGCUAGGGAGCGACAAGGCGGAGGAGGACAGUGAGGAGGACAUGGAAGAGGAGGACUCCUCGGAUUCUGAGUUUCCCGAGGAGUUGUCCAGGUUUUGUAGGACUUCAUAUCCAGCCUAUAGCUCUAUAGAAGCCGCCGAGCUGGCGGAAAGGAUUGAACGCAGGGAGCAAGUCAUUCAAGAGAUAUGGAUGAACAGUGGCCUGGACUCCUCGCUCCCCAGGAACGUCGGCCACUUCUACUGACAACAGAGGCAUCUGGAGGAGAUCAGACUCUCUGAAGAAGGAAGGGUCCAGAAUGCGCUGUCUCCCCAACCCUCUCCAGUUCCACUUGUACCUUCUGUGAAGGAGAAUCUGUCUUGUCACCCGAGAUGGGUGAAGCCAGAAAGCUGUCAAAGGGACGUCUCACUGUUUACAGCACACCCUGGAAUAAAUUGGGAGGAAGCCGUGGUGUCUUGCAAUCCUAUCUGUACAUUAAUAAUUCUAUACAGACUUGAGAUUCUCAUUUACUCAACAUUUACAAUGCCAGGUGUCAUCUAUACUUGUGACCUAAGUAAAUGGGGGCGGGGCACACAUAUUCAUUAAAAAUUAUGCUGGCGGGAAGCAGUGAGAUGGGUCAGUGGGUGAAAGGUGAGUGCUAGCAAGGCUGGCCACCUGAGUUCACUCCACAGUGUGGAUGGAGGGAAGCAACUCCUUCAAGCUGCCCUCUGACCUUCUUACAUGUGUCAUGAUACGGAGACAAAAACCUAAGCAAGGAGUAAUAGUGGUAUGUGAUCGCAAAAUCCACAAACGGCCUGGGAGUGUAGAGAAAGCAGGGAAGAAAUUCUGCAUGUCAGAAUCAAGGAGGAUAAAUGCCGGCCGUGAUGCUUG